UCUUGUGAUUAAGCAAGGACCCCCCCGCGAGACACACAGAAGAUGGCAUCUGGCCAGAGGAAUAUCAAAUCAGAUGCAAAGCAUGUUAUCUUCAAGAAAGUCUCCCGCGACAAAUCAGUGGCUAUCUACUUGGGGAAGAGGGACUACAUUGACCACGUGAACUGGGUGGAACCCGUGGAUGGUGUGGUACUCGUAGAUCCCGAACUUGUGAAGGGGAAGAAAGUUUACGUGUCCCUGACCUGUGCGUUCCGCUACGGCCAGGAAGAUAUCGAUGUGAUUGGUUUGACCUUCCGGAGGGAUAUCUAUUUCUCUCAGACCCAAGUGUAUCCUCCCGAGGAGACUGUAGCCACUCCCACCAAGAUACAGGAUAGUUUGAUGAAGAAACUGGGGAGCCACGCUUACCCGUUUGUUCUCCAGUUUCCUGACUACUUGCCUUGCUCCGUUGUGCUGCAACCAGCUCCUCAAGAUGUGGGCAAGUGCUGCGGUGUGGACUUUGAGGUUAAAGCGUUUGCUACAGACAAUGCAGACGAGGAGGAUAAAACUUCCAAAAAGAAUUCUGUGCGCCUGCUGAUCCGUAAAGUACAACAUGCCCCAGCUGACAUGGGACAGCAACCCCGGACGGAAACAGCCUGGCAGUUUUUCAUGUCUGACAAGCCACUGCAUCUGACAAUCUCUCUCAGCAAAGAGAUCUAUUUCCAUGGUGAACCUAUUCCUGUCACAGUGACUGUGAACAACAAUACAGAGAAGGUGGUGAAGAAAAUUAAAGUGUCAGUGGAACAAGUGACCAAUGUGGUCCUAUACUCCAGUGAUUAUUACGUAAAACCAGUGGCCCUGGAGGAGACACAGGUAAAGAUUCAGCCCAACAGCAGCCUCACAAAGACACUGACACUCAUUCCCUUGCUGGCAAAUAACCGAGAAAGACGAGGCUUGGCUCUAGAUGGAAGGAUAAAACACGAAGACACCAAUCUAGCCUCCAGCACCAUAAUUAAAGAGGGAGUUGACAGGACAGUGCUGGGGAUCCUGGUGGCCUACCAGAUUAAAGUGAAGCUCACAGUUUCAGGAUUUCUGGGAGAAUUCACCUCCAGUGAAGUGGGCACAGAACUGCCAUUCCGUCUCAUGCACCCCCAUCCUGAAGAUUCAGCAAAAGAGAGCUGUCGUCACGAAGAUCUGGUGUUUGAAGAGUUUGCUCGCCACAACCUGGAAGAUGUAGCAGGGGUUGACGAUGUUGACGACGGUGAAGAGGGAAAAAAAGAGGACUGAUCCCGGGGACCGGCACAGGAAUCAAGGGAGCUCAUCAUAGUUACCCACAUACCAAGUAAAAGUUGGGGGUUUGCUUUUUUAGGAUGGUAAUGAU